AUGGCCAGUGUAAGCCCCACCAGCUCUCCGCUCGAGAAACCUGAGGGAGAGGCCAUCGUAGACGCCUUGGGUCCUGUACUUUACCAAGGAGUGGGUGCAAGCAUCUAUGCACACAUCACCCGCCCUGGCAAAGUUAUUAAAGAGGUGUCGAUUUACGGUCUUCAGGAAGCAAAGCUUAAAGCUUUGAGGAUGUCGUUCCAGGACCUUGCGCGCAUCCAUCACCCAAACAUCGUGCACUCCGAGUUCCCCAUAGAACACGAUGGAUACUUAUACGUGCAGAUGGACCGCUACUGCACAUCUCUUGAGACUAUGAUACGUACUUCCAGGCUAAGAAGACUGCAAUUUUCGAAGUCACAAAUACUUACAAUUGUUACCCAAGUCUCUGCCGCUCUCGCAUACCUCCACAGUGCGCAUAAGGACAGAGAAUCUCUGUCAGCUAUAGUACACGGAAGAGUUCAGCCUGCUAAUAUCCUUGUCAACGAAGAUGGAAGACAGUUUGCUCUCUCCAAUGCGGGCGUUCAUAGAAGCAGGCAGAAGUUUAGCAAUACAGUAUACACGGCGCCAGAGAUAUUACUAGAUGCUGACCUUACGCCUGCAGCUGAUAUGUGGAGUCUUGGGGUCAUUCUGUAUGAGCUCGCAACAAAGAACAGACCUGAGUUUAUAAGUGGCUGUAUGCUCGAAUGUGGCUUCGCUGAAGGAUGGGUACCAGACUUAAGUAGUGUCGAGGAUGUAUUACUUAAUAAUAUCAUCCGACGCCUACUUAUCUUUGAUCCAAUCAGUAGAAUGUCUUCAUCUGAGCUAUCAUCCAUUCUACAGGAUAGCCAAUCACUAGCUGAUAUAGAGAACUACUUUCGCCUAGAUAUUCUUGAAAGAGACGUCGUGCAACUGGCUUUGGAAAUAUCCAUGCUGCAUAGUGUUAUAGAAAAAAGGCAGCUCCUACCAAGAAGCGAUGGCCUCACGACAUUAAUGUGUGCAGCUCGCUCCGGAAAUGUUGACGUCAUAAAACAAUUAAUCGAUACUGGUGAGGGAGUCCGUGCUCAAGAUGCAGCGGGGUUAACAGCACUAAUGCAUGCAACUGUUAAAAAGCAGUAUGAUGCUAUCAAGGUCCUUGUUGCAUUUGAACAUGGUAUCUAUGAUAAUGGUGGUCAAACAGCCUUGAUGCACGCUGCUCAGAUGAACGAUCCUCAGGCCAUUCACCUAUUGGCACAAUACGAGGCAGGGAUGAAAACCAAGAGACUGAACUCCUUGGCAGGAAUUUCUGUCAAGUCUAGAACAGCACUCAUGGGUGCCGCGGCACAAGGAUUCACACGAGCAGUUGAAGCGCUUCUUCAGUACGAAGGGGGACUUCGUGAUGAGCUUCAUCAGACAGCGCUCAUGUAUGCUGCUAGCCAAAAUCAUCUUGAAGCGGUGCAGCUCCUAGCUUCUCGUGAGGGAGGGUUACAAGAUAGUAUGAGCCAAACAGCUCUCAUCUUGGCUGUACAACGUGGAAACGUGAAUGUUGUUCCCUUCUUGCUUUGCGAAGUGGGCAUGAAGAAUAACAUGGGCUAUAGUGCGCUUAUGAUUGCAGCGAACGAAGGCCAGUUUGACAUCGUGCAGCUUCUUGUUGAGCAUGAAAAGGGGAUGCGGAGCUUGACGCAAAGCACUGCGCUUAUCAGUGCUGCAUACAAUAACCACUCUCAGAUUGUGGAACUCCUUAUACCCUACGAGUCUCGAAUGCAGAAUCGUCAUGGUCUUACAGCACUGAUGGAGGCAGCUAAGCACGGGUACAUUGAUGUAGUAAGGAUACUUGUGGAUCAUGAGAAAGGAGUUAAAGAUAAUCUAGGGCGGACAGCGCGUACUAUGGCUCUUAAGUUUGGACACUCAGAGAUUGCAGACUUUCUCUCUCAAUAUCCAGAAGAGCAAUGUACUCUCCUGUGA